AUGUCUCUGCCAUGGGAUUACAUAGCAAAGCUCGUCUGCAUCGGUGAUUCCGGGACAGGCAAAUCCAGCCUCACGAUUCGCCUGUGCGAAGGCCGCUUUUCUGCUACUCACGACGUCACCAUCGGAGUCGAGUUUGGAUCGCGCAUCGUCCCCGUGGGCCCUCCAGCUUCCGACAGCUUGCACAUUGCCCCGGAUCCCUCGCCCUCCUCAGCGCCGCCCACUGCUGCUGGCUCGGUGCAAGACGAUGCUGCGGUCAAGCAGCAGGAAAAGGAAGUGAUGGGUCUGCCAAGUCCGCCGCGGAAAUCACAAAAAAGCCAAACAGUAAUACAAAAGAAAAUGAAACUGUCGCUGUGGGACACCGCCGGCCAGGAAACGUACAAGUCAAUCACGCGUUCCUACUUUCGAGGAGCCUCGGGUGCCCUGCUAGUAUUCGACAUUACGCGCCCAUCCACAUUUGCCUCGGUCACGCAGUGGCUGCAGGACUUGCGACAAAUCGCCGACGACGGAAUUGUCGUGGUACUCGUCGGAAACAAAAGCGAUCUUGUCGCCGGUGAUGAUAGCUCCCCUAGAGUGACAAGACAAGAAGCCGAGGAAUGGUGCCGGCUCAACAAUGUGAUGCGCUACAUCGAAACCAGCGCCAAAUCCGGCGACGGUGUUGAGCAAGCCUUCCUCGAGGUCGCCGAGAGGAUCUACCGCAACAUCGAAUCGGGAAAAUACGAUCUGAAUGACCGGCGAAGCGGCGUCAAGGGAUACGGCGCCAAUGGAAGCGUGAAUGCGACAACGCCGAGGACCAUCACGCUCGGUCUGAAUGAUGCGAUGAACAGAGGUAGAAAUGGUUGGAAUGAUACAGGAUGCUGCUGA